CCAAACACACUCACAUCUCAGACUACUGGAAACACACAUUGAUGAUGACAGAUUAUUUGAUCGCUUGCUGUAUCUGUUUCUCUUGAGUUUUAAGUGAGACAGAAGUGAAAGGGGACGUUUGUCUCUGCACAUGCUCGCUUUUCUAUAUAAAUUACUACCAUUUACACUUUUGGCUCAAUCGCUCCACCAUGCACUGUGUGAGCCGGGGAGGCUGCUACCUGGUGAACUCCUUCUGUGAUCUUCAGGAGGAAAACCAGUGGAAGAAGGAGAGCUACGAAGCAUGCUGGCUGAGCCUGGUCCUUGAAACCAGACCACAAUACAAGCUGACUCUGUCAGAGACUGACAGCAUUCGUAGAGAGAGUUACAAGCAGCAACAGGUGAUCCACUUCAUGGUGGAGAGGAGCCCCAGCCACACACUGAGGCUGGGCAGCAGCAGUGGAGGCAUGGCAGAGCACCAGCUGCCCCUCUUCAACACCAGCAGGGACCUACGUCAUGCCACAACCACCUUUGGGUGCACAGAACACGAGCGGCUAGGGACAAUGAAUGACGGCGUGGAUAAACAGGGUGUGACUGCCAUAACUCAGGACCUCUGCAAGCCAGCCCGAGUGAACUUCAGAGCCUCGGGUCUGAUGUCGUCACCAAGGGAAACCUCUCAACGGGUGCAGAGGAGGGAGUGAAGCAAGACAGAAAUAUGACAUAGCCUUUCUUAUUGUAAUUUACGCACCAGUAUUAAUAAAUGAAAAUGUAUAACUAUUUAAACUCCUCCUGAGGAUACAGGAUGCCUCGUGAAUAUUGUUUUGAUUUAAGUAAAAUAUCUCAGCAGCUAAAUAUUUUUUUGUGUUAUCCAAACACAAGUAUUGUUCUUCUGAGGAGUGUUAAAUUAUUUUAGCAAGGGUUAACUGGAUUUUCUCUUAAUUCACUUACCAAAUUAUUAUUUUUAAAAAGGACUUCUGACAAAUCAUCAUAAAUCAUGUGUUAUACUUGUACUGCAAAAAAU